CCUUCCCCAAAAAAAUCUUCCCAUAUAAAUGUCACUCUUCUCCAUUUCUCCUCUCUCCAGAUUUCGUCUUCUCCUUCCUUCGUCUCUUCCGUUUUCCUUCAACCACUCUCUUCAGCUUCGUCAGCGAAUCCAGAUCGCAGCUUUAUCCUCUAUGCCUCACGGUCCUAAUUUCCGGGGCGGCGGCCGCCGUGGUGGACGAGGUGGCGGCAGAGGAGGACGCGGCGGCGGCGGAGGUGGCGGUGGAGGCCGUGGGGAGCAGCGUUGGUGGGAUCCCGUGUGGAGAGCUGAGCGGUUGCGGCAGAAACAAGUUGAGAUGGAAGUUCUUGAUGAGAAUGAAUGGUGGAAUAAGAUUGAGCUGAUGAAAAGAGGAGGGGAGCACGAGAUGAUAAUAAAGCGGAAUUUCAGUCGGAACGAUCAGCAAACACUAUCUGACAUGGCUUAUCAAAUGGGACUUUACUUCCAUGCGUACAAUAAAGGGAAAACUCUUGUGGUUAGCAAAGUUCCUCUGCCAGAUUAUAGAGCAGAUCUUGAUGAACGCCAUGGAUCUACACAGAAAGAGAUACGAAUGUCAACGGAAACAGAGAGAAAACUUGGAAGUCUGUUGAACAAAACACAAGAAUCAAGGUCUUCAUAUUGCUCUAGUUCGGCAGCUAAUCAACAGGAUUUGACAUCAUCACCUGUCAUAAAACCAAUUGAUUCUUCUUCAAAAUUACUAGAUCUUUCUGAGAAAGAGAAAUUAAGUGUCACAUUCAAGGAAAGGCAGGAAAGACUAAAGGCAAGUGACAGUAUUAAAGCACUUCAAGCUUUCCGAGAAAAGCUGCCUGCUUUUAAAAUGAGAGACAAGUUUCUUAAAGCUGUUUCAGAAAAUCAGGUGUUGGUAGUUUCUGGAGAGACAGGAUGUGGUAAAACUACCCAACUGCCUCAAUUUAUAUUGGAAGAAGAGAUAUCAUCUCUUAGAGGUGCUGAUUGCAACAUUAUUUGCACCCAACCUCGGCGUAUAUCUGCCAUAUCUGUUUCAUCUCGUAUUUCUGCUGAAAGGGGAGAGUCCUUGGGUGAAUCUGUGGGUUACCAGAUUCGUCUUGAAUCAAAGCACUCUGAUCAAACACGAUUGCUGUUUUGCACCACUGGUGUAUUGCUUCGGAAGCUGGUCCAGGAUCCUAAUCUAACUGGCAUAAGCCAUUUGCUGGUUGAUGAAAUUCAUGAAAGAGGCAUGAAUGAAGAUUUUCUGCUAAUUAUACUGCAUGAUCUCCUUCCUCGACGCCCGGAUUUGCGUCUUAUCCUGAUGAGUGCAACCAUUAAUGCUGACAUGUUCUCAACUUAUUUUGGGAACGCUCCAACUAUGCACAUUCCGGGUUUCACAUUUCCUGUUUCUGAGUUUUUCUUAGAAGAUGUACUGGAGAAAACUCGCUAUAGCAUCAAGUCAGACUGUGACAGUUAUCAAGGUAGCUCGAGAAGAAGAAGCAGAGAUUCGGACUCAAAGAAAGAUGAACUGACUAAUAUGUUUGAGGAUCUUGACAUUAACUCUCACUACAAAAAUUACAGUUCAUCCACUAGACACUCUCUUGAAGCUUGGUCUGGCGCACAGAUCGAUCUGGGUCUGGUGGAGGCAACUAUUGAACAUAUUUGCCGUCGUGAAGGUGAUGGAGCAAUUCUUGUCUUCCUCACUGGGUGGGAUGAAAUCUCCAAGUUGCUUGACAAUGUCAAACGAAACAUCUUUCUUGGUGAUUCAAACAAGUUCUUAGUUCUUCCUCUACACGGUUCAAUGCCAACCGUCAACCAGCAUGAAAUUUUUGACCACCCACCUCCUAACAAGCGGAAAAUAGUUUUGGCUACUAACAUUGCUGAGAGUAGCAUUACGAUCGAUGAUGUUGUAUAUGUUAUUGACUGUGGUAAAGCAAAGGAAACUAGCUACGAUGCUUUAAACAAGGUUGCCUGUCUCUUACCAUCAUGGAUUUCAAAGGCUUCGGCUCACCAGAGACGGGGCCGUGCUGGACGUGUCCAACCCGGAGUUUGUUUCAGGUUGUAUCCGAAAGUUAUCCAUGAGGCACUGCCCCAGUUUCAGCUACCAGAAAUCAUCCGAACUCCCUUGCAAGAGUUAUGCCUCCAUAUCAAAAGCUUGCAGGUUGGCGAUAUCGGAUCCUUUUUGGCAAAGGCACUUCAGCCGCCUGAUCCUCUUGCUGUUAAAAACGCUAUUGAGCUUCUCAAAACAGUCGGGGCUUUAGAUGAUGUGGAAGAGCUAACUCCACUCGGUCGACAUCUCUGCACGCUACCUGUGGACCCAAAUAUUGGAAAGAUGCUUCUGAUCGGAGCUAUCUUCCGUUGCCUCAAUCCUGCUUUGACGAUUGCGGCCGCAAUGGCCUAUCGCAGCCCAUUUAUCCUUCCAUUAAGUAGGAAAGAAGAAGCCGAUGAAGCCAAAAGAUCUUUCGCUGGUGAUUCGUGCAGUGAUCACAUUGCGCUCCUUAAGGCUUUCGAGGGAUAUAGGGAUGCGAAGCGCGAGGGGUGUGAACGAGAUUAUUGUUGGCAGAACUUCCUUUCCCCAAUGACGUUACGGAUGAUGGAGGAUAUGAGAAACCAGUUUCUGGAUCUUCUUUCGGAUAUUGGUUUUGUCGACAAAUCCUGCGGUUCAAAUGCGUACAACCAAUACAGCCAUGACCUGGAGAUGGUGUCUGCGAUUCUAUGCGCUGGGCUGUACCCGAACGUCGUGCAGUGUAAAAGAAGAGGGAAACGCACUGUGUUCUACACAAAAGAGUUGGGGAAAGUUGAUAUACACCCAGGAUCAGUCAAUGCGAGCGUCCAUCUCUUCCCGCUUCCGUAUUUGGUGUACAGCGAGAAGGUCAAGAGUACAGGCGUUUACAUCCGGGACUCGACGAAUAUAUCGGAUUAUGCCCUGCUUAUGUUCGGCGGAAACCUUAUCCCGAGCAAAACCGGGGAAGGUAUAGAGAUGUUGGGAGGUUAUCUCCAUUUCUCUGCCUCCAAGAAUGUCUUGGAGCUCAUCCGGAAACUGCGAGGCGAGCUAGACAAGCUACUGUACAGGAAGAUAGAGGAUCCGAGUUUCGACAUAUCAGUGGAGGGAAAAGGAGUGGUUUCAGCAGUUGUGGAGUUGUUGCAUAGCCAAAACAUUAGGUAUUAGAAGAAACCUAGCGAUCCUCUGUUUUUUUCGUUUUGAAGAGACAUUUAUGCGGAAGACGAGUGAUCUUCCUUGUGAGAGUUCCGAUUGCAAUUUAUAGUUUUCGGUACGUUUCAGAUGCAUCUCUCUGUAUUAGGACUGGAUACUAGUCUGUUUUCAAAUAAUUUGGGGUGCUCAAUUUCAAACU